GGAGGAGUUGUUGUCCUAUUGGUCGGCCAUGUCAUCCGGGGCCCGCUGCCCCCGCACCGCGCAGGUGGUCAAUAGCACCACCGUCCACGGGUUCGAGACGCAGUUCAAGGAGGAGCUCGAGGUGGGGGACAUGCUCCUGGUGCACCACCCGCACUCUCUGGAGGUGGAGGGCCGCAUUGUCACCGGCGUCCUGAGCCAGAGGAGCUGCACCCUGCACUCGGCGUUCUCCAAGGACAUCUCCUCGACCACGGAGUACCACAUCCGCAAGGACUCCGUGAAGCUGAAGCAGAAGGCCAAGGAGCAGAUCCAGCAGGCCGGCACGGACGACCCGGAGGCGCUCCAGGACGCCACCUCCCAGGAGCUGCAGAGGCAGCUCGAGAAGCGGCUGCGCAAGCAGCGGAAGAUGUGCUCCGUGCGGGAGAAGAGCGGCAUGUGGGGCUACAAGGUCGUGACCACGAGGCUCGACAAGGAGGCGUCCCAGGAGGAGCUGCUGGACGAGCGAUGCAAGCAAGG